CUGCUCAAACUCCGCAGAAAUCGGCUACGAAAUCAAAAUCGCCGACCAAGAAGCGGAUCCAGGAUCUCGAAGAGCACAAAAUGGAACGCCAAAACACGCACACCAUCAUCCACAACGAUCCGGUGAGGACAGCAAACCUUCCCGGCCCAUCCCCGCCAAAGGACAAUGGCGAAAAGCCGAAAAGCGUGUUCAACAAGGACUGGGAUACCACAACCGAAGCCAUCGGGGAGGGUGAUAACCGCUUCGACACCUCAACGACAGGGUCCUGCGCCGAUCAAGACGACUGCUUCCGCCGAGGCCAAGAAGCGUCC